GUCAUUGCAACCAGAAUAGUCUAGUCAAUGGGGAAUUAUAUACUAUAUGAACCUGUGAAAACGUAUUCCUAUGUACUGUGUGACUUUCACCUGUGUAAAAGAAGAGAAGUAUUAGUGUUUUUCAAAUUUAAUGAUAGAAUAUAAUGACUGAGUUGACUUAAUUGUUUAUUGUCCUGAAGUGAAACUAAACAAGUGUUCAUUUUGCUCUCAAAUACUGUAUCAAAAACCUCUGAAGUGGCAUGACAAGGUGAAGGGAUGACAUAUACUUGCUAAGAACUGAAGGUUCAGAAAAAUUGCUGCAGUGGGAUCAGUGAAGUCCAGGAUUCUGUCUCUAACAUCAGCAGGAGUAGGGGCUGUUUAGGGAGACCACACAGGCCUCACUGACUGCUUUAUGCAGUACAAUUCCCUUCUACUCCCUUAGUAUCCAUAAUAUUUGGAUUAUGAACAUUUGAGGCUGUAGCACUGCCAUGUAUCUGUUUAUGAACCUAUUAACCAUGAACUUGUCUUCUCCCUUUUUGAACUUCCUCAUACAGUCAUCCUUCACAGAUACCUGUGGCAGAAAGCUCUAAAAGAUCGUAAUCCCCAAUAUUCUGGCACAGUCCAUUUUUUGGUUUCCUUUCCCUUUCAUGCAGGUGAUGAUGAAGGAAAAUAGUUUUCUGAGACUGAUGAGAUAAGAAUGCCUUCCUCCAGGCAAACCUUCAUACCUGAAUUUUGUAGACUGGAUUAAAACCACACCUGGGGUAUUUUAGCUUAAAUUCCUUCUAUUAAAAAAAAAAAAAAAAAAAAAAAAAAAAGAAGAAGAAGAAGAAAAAGUUUGUCUAUCAGUUUCUUCUCAAUGGAUUUUGAACUAAUUGAUCUCUUGCAUCUAAAGUUAUAUGAGAGAUGUAAACAUCUGGAGAAUGGGAACAACUUCUCAGUUUGUGAAAAAUAAGGGUUUAUGUAAUGGAACCUCAGUUUUUAUCAGUCCUGAGAAAGGCAGAAUGGUCUCCAUCCCAGAUAUUGGAAGUAUCUGACCACUGAGGAACUGCAUUCUGGUUUGUAUCAUCAGCCACAAUACAUGCUGCUAAUUGCCUAGUUUAAUUAGUAAGUGAUGUGAGAGAAAGCUGAGGGGAGAAAUCCAAGCAUGAAAAUUGAAGAUGGAAAUAUUUCUGGGGAGUGAUUAGGGAGUAUUAAAGCACAGAUUAGGAAACUGCCAGUCUUCAUUAGUUUCAGUGCUCACAGUACAACUUAUUUUGUAUUUGUGUAUUUUGCACAGAUAAAUUUUUGGCUUUGCACAUUUGUCUUCAGGAAAGCACACUCCCAAGAAUACAUAGGGAGGGAAGAGAAGAAUCUGUUUGUCAGCCUACUGGCACGUCAGAGCCUGAGACAAUGCAGUUAAAAAGCAGCAUAACAAAACCAGCAUCCCUAGUAUCAAAGAGUGAGAAUCUGAAAAAGACACUUCCCACAACUUCUGCUUGCAAAGGAGUUCAGCGUGGUUUUGACAUACCACCUUCAUCUUCUGUACAUGAUAAUAUUAGAAAGACUGAAAUGCAAACAGAUGUUUUGGAACCAAGUUGCCAUAGAAAGACCUGUGAGCAACUAAAAGUUGAAAGAUCUUCUAAAAAGCCUUUGAGACCCAAAGUUCAUUUUUAUGAUAGAACAGAACCAAUUGAUGAUGAUGUUAUAAUGCAUAUUUUGAGGCUUCGAGGCAAACUUGGGUGGCAAACAGAGUUACCAUCACGUGAAUGGUUAGCCAGAGAGGCUGAUGUGGCCGGACUUCAGAAGUUAGCACUUACGAAACCUUUACUGCUGAAAGAUAGUGGGGAAUAUAUAUAUUGUCUUCAACGAAACAGGAGGAACUUUAAAGCUCCCUACAACCCAUACGAUUUACAGGCUGUCUCUGCGAAUACAGCUAUGCAAAACAAAGAAUAUUGGACUGUUACAGCUUCAUUUGUGUCUAAGAAUGAAGAAAUGCUUUCUAGUCUGGAAAAUCAGUGUUAGAAGAAGCAAGGCGAACAAGACCAGAACUUGAGCCUAAGAUUUUGUGAUCAGGAGCAUCUGCUGAAGAGACACCUUCCCUUUGAAUAUCCCAGUGCUAUCAGCCAAAGACAUAAAACUAAGUGCUGCUUCUUACCACCUCACAAGUUCUUCCUGGUACUUGAAGUGACACGUUCUAAUGGGGUUAUUAUAAAGGAGUUAUCUGUUAAAUAAAGGAAUAUCUGGUAUCAUUUUAGUUGUCCUAAAUUCUCAGAUUUUGGCUAAAUCAUGGUUUCAGUUCUUUAUGCCAUUGAACAAUUGGUUAUGUUCAUCCAGACAAAAUUGUCUAAGAUUUAUAUAAUUUACUUUCAAAGAGUAGAGAGCGUUUAAAGGAAUCUUAUGUAAAAUAAAAAGAAAAUAAAUAUUCUAGAAAAGACCAAGCACUCAGAAGUUCUCUGGACUUUCUAGGGUAGAACAUAAGAUUACGUCUCAUGGAAAAAGUGCUAUACCUAGUUUUUCAAGGAUUGUUCAGAAGUAUUAGAAACUUGUCCUUCACCUUUAAAUAAAUAAUAUACUUAGACAACAAAGGAAAUCAGGAAUGCCAAAACCAAAGCACCACUGGUUUCCUAGUCAACUCCUUUAGUGCCCUUGAGAUCCAAGGUCCAUAAAUCUCCUACAGCCUGACUGGUCUGAGGGGCAGCUCAGCAUGGACCCAUGCAGCAGCUGACAAUAAAAACCACCAAGACAAUUAUGUGGUAUCUCCAUCCUUGCUUGCAUGUUGCUCUUGCAAGUGUGGUGAGACUGGUCCAAGUCUUGCUAAUUCCACUGUUGAUUACUGGAGUGCCGUUAUUCAUAGUAACCGCUCCAGCACUUUCCUAUGACAGUCCAUAAUUGGUCACUGUUCCCCUGUAGUACUGCAACCAACCACAUUCUGUUUGAUCUGAGGACUUAAUAGUAAGCAUUAUAUUUCUUUUGUUUUUUUAUGGUAUCAGUGCUAAGCUCUCCUUUGCUUAUAUCUAAAAUUAUUUGUAGCCUGGUACCCAGUGUUGGUGUUAGGUGUUAAUCCUUUUAGGGCAUGAGAGAAACUCCCCAGCUUGCAAGAACUGUGUCAGUAACAAAAACUAGAUCCUGGCCAUGUUCUUCCCUUGACAACCCAGAGGGACUGAUCCAGAACAAGUAUAAUUCAGCUGAAUGAACACAAGAAAGGUGUCUUCACAGCGUUUGAUAGCAGUCUGCAUACUUGCAAGGCUACUAUAAUAACAUCUGCUCUGGAGGUAUGGGUUGUGGAUAAAAUCUUUAACCAAUGGAUAUUACUCUCACUUCUGGUUAAGUAGAUCAUCUGUUAAUGUGAACUUAACCAAACGUAUCCUUGUUACUAUGACAAACCUCUUUCUUCAGAAAGAGAAGCCAGCUGCUUUCAGAUUUCAGAAAGAGCUUGCCAAAUAGAGCAAAGCCUGACAAGUAAAAAUAAAAACUCAAAUAAUAACAGGAGCUCUUUAGUAAGAAAAACUGCUAAUAAGACAAAACAGUACAAUUAGAAAUAUCAAAUUACUGUCUUUCAGACAAGGUAUGAUUUUAUCAAUUGGGAUUCCUCUAAGUUUUCACUUUAAAAAUUUCCAUAAUAUUUGAAGGUGAAAUUAAGAUUUAUUAUUACGGAGGAGGUAUUUUCUGCCAGAAAUAGUACUGGAGGAACCCAUGCAUGCGAAUAACAAAAUCUUCUGGCAAUUCAGUCAAUGAAGUUGUUCAGACCUUUCUGACACCAUUUUUUCUGGUAUGUCAGCAAAGAUGAAAAUAACCAAAGUUCCUUCAUUUUGAAAUCAUAAGAGUAUUGCGUACUUUUAAAUUAAUAGAGUUUAAGACCUAUGAAUAUUUCUACUUAGUCUAAAAUAAAAAUAACACAAGCCAUAGCCUUACUAGAGGCAAUUCUUUUACUCCUCUAAUAAGAACCAGAUCAGGGAAGAAAUAGAAGUUUUUUACAAAUUUCUUUUCCUUCUCUGUUUACUGCUUUGUUGUAUCACCAGUGUUCUAACAACUUCAGGGCAGUCAAUUUGGUCAUUCCAACUGAAAAAUGUUAUGAAUUUUUCUGUGUCACUUCUUUUUUGGGUAUAACAUUUCAGGAACAUAAACUGUUACUAAAUGGACAGUCAUUCAGUUGCUUUUCUUCCCCCACUUUCAUCUUCAUUCUUCAUUCUUAUUUAGAACUUUCUCUGCUCAAGUGUAAGGGUCUUGGGUAUUUUGAGUUUUGAAAUUGGGAUUUGCCUUUUGGGGUGGGUUUUUUUGAUUUUGGAAUUAUGUGUGUACUAUCCCUAGUAUACUGCAUGCUAUGACAUUCUGGAGAGCUAUUGUUUACUAAUUUGCCCAUACAGCAAAGUAUUUAAAUUACUUGGAAUCCUUUAUGUAAACACACCAAUCGUGUUAUAGCUUCAGUAAAGGACUUAUGUGCAGCCCAUGUCAACCACCCCUAUUUUAUGGUAAAGGAACAGAGAAGUGAAGGAAGAAGACUUGCUUUUUACAUUGUUUGCUGAAGGUUCAGGGACAUUCACAGUGCAACCACUAUCCUGAAGGAUGUUCCAGACCAAAAUGUUAAUUUUAUAUACAGAAGAUACACAAAAAUAAAAUAUGAGGGUAUCUAAGAGAAAAGAUAUUUACUCUAAAGUAGCUGUAAUUCCUUGAGAAAAUUCCCCAAGAGGCAAGGCUGAAGCUUUUGCAGUGUGAACCCUCUCCAUCUGGUUUGAGUAGCUCUACAGUAACUUCUGUUGUGAUUCUUUACUAUGAAGGCUGCAAUGAAGGGUGAAAACAGUGUCUAAAACCAUGACAAGAUUGGGAACUACUUGUAGGGAUAGAUCUGUGUUACCAAAACAAUGCAUGUGAUACAAGAUUAAGAAAUGCAGCUUAAGUGGCAAUGGUACUUUAACUGUAGAAUUAUAAUUUCAGAAAGUCUAUAUUAAAGCCCCAGAAGUGUGCACACUACUAUAUAACAUGAAGCAAUAUCUGUCUUGAUAAGAUAACAUUAUAAUAACAAAAUAUUGAGGGAAAACCUGAGAGGGAAGUAAUACUAAAAAUGUUGAAUUCAGAAACCAAGAAUUUUUAGGCAGGCUUUGAAAGAGUUUAAAACGAUUGCACAGAAUAACAAGUUGAAUAAAUGUAAGAAAAUACAAUUUUGUGCUCUUUACAGUAGUUUGCCUUUUUGAUAAUGCUAUUUCUCAGAGCUGCAGUAGUUUAGAAUGUGUUUAUGUAAUUGCUUGAAAUUGAGUAGCUUAUUCUAUUGCAUCUUAUGUGUGACUGUGCGUGCUUCAAGAACAUUGUAACUGCAAGUGGAAUGUGUUAAAGUACUCCUUACCCUAACAAAAUCCGAACAAUCCUUAGGAGACAAUUGGUUGCUGUCGAGUUAGACAUUUUUAUCGUACAGAAUAAAACUCACAUUUUUUUCUCUUGCAAUGUUAAAAUCACAGACAGCGAAUCUUCUGUCUCUUAGUAGUUCAACGGCACUAGCAGAAUCCUGUAGCAGACAGUUUAUAUUAUUAUCUUAGCAUGGUGAAUAGUGCUAACAUUGCAGACAUCAAAAUCAACACUGCAAAAGGAAGAAUCGUCAGAAGAUUUCAAGAACAUUCUAGUUAAGUAUACAAAUGCUAUGAAAUAAGUUGUAGAAACAACUACUGAAACGCAUAUCUGUAUGGCCAAAAUCAAAAGCUUUAAUUGUCAGAAAAAGUGCCUUCUGUAUUUUACAGCCCUCCAUUUGGUUAAUAUAACACAUUUAUCUAUGAAUAAUAAAACUGCAGGUAUUAAUUCACACCUCUUUCAGCUAAAUGGAUUUAUCAAUAUUUUCUACUUAAAUUUCUGCCAAUAAUGUAAUGUGUAUUAAUAUUUAUUAACAUAUAAAAUGCCAUGAAUUAGAGGCAUGAGAUCAGAAAAGACAUAACUGAAAAAUUUUUUCUUUAGUGCCUUUUUUGUUAAAUCUUUUUUCUUCAAAGGAGGAGAAAAGUUUGGGUACUGGUUUGGGGUUUUUUUCCCGAACAAUUUGUAUCAGGAUUUUUUUUCCUAGCAAAGCAGGUAUAGAGGAGACUCCAGGCUAGACAGUAGGUCUGAUAUCUUAGGGUAUUUAUCUGUGGUUUGAGACGUCUGAGUUGAAAUCAUUGUUUUGCCUGAUCCAUUCAUUUGGAAAUUAAACAAUUUCUGUUUGGAAUUAGUAAUAUUUCUUGGGUAAGUCUACCUACUGUUUUGAAUGUAGACAUGAGCUGGUUGUAUCCAUGAUUUGAGUUAGUAAGAUGCAGUGCAUCAGAAAUUUUUAACAUUUUUUUUCUAUUGGUUUGUUGGUUGAUUGUUUUCUUUUUUCCAAAACGGAAUUGUAAGGGACUGCUGGAUGAUUUUACCUAAUUCAUUUCAGAUUUGUUUCAAGACAUUGUUUUCAAUAAAAAAGAAGGGAAAAA